GUCUGUGUGUACGCCGCAAGCCAGAGGGAAAUAAAGGCGCAAGUGCGUGUUGUAACUGUUCACGGAACAAAAUAACACGUCAAUUUGCUCAUUCAAACACUCAAGUAAAUUACUACAUUACGCCUUUGUUGAGAGGAAACCAUCGGAUGCAAGGGCCGUUUGAUGAAUCUAUUUGUAACUUCCAGACGAAUACGGUGUCAACUGAAGUCAGUAAGGAAUCGAUUCUGUGUUCUCGGAAUCAGAGUGUUGGUGGAAGACUAGUCUCUGGGACGUGUAACGUGUGUUCCACUCCUUGCUCAUCUUGUAUCCCCACUAGUCAAAGUCAAAUGGAGUCAAAAGUUGAUCAAUUAUCGGGGGGAAGCGGUAUGAUAAAUAACUUAAGUUUCUCUGUCAAUGACGUUUCAUCUUCUAAUAAGACUAGAAAAUGUGAAAUUAGACAGAGUAGUGAAAUAAACAGCGCAAUCCACACAAGUUCAAGUAACUUAUCUGUCUCUGCAAACACUGAAGUUAAAGCAAAUGCAAGGACUUCUGAUGUUUCAUCGGCUACUUCAGAUGGUGCAGUGCUUGCGAAGUUAAAGGAUCCCAAAUCUCUUGAAGGCCUUGAUGACAACAUGUCAUGUAUCGUGAGAGGAGAUGAAGCUAAUAAAUUGUCCAGCGUUGGUAAGAUGAGUGGAGACAGAUCAAGUCUUCAGUGUUCUUCUACUUCUAGUGGGAAGACUAUAAAUAAUCAAACUUCUGCUGGAUGUGUACACGUGAAAAAUGAGGCUGAUGAUGGUACUCCAAUUGGCCAUAGUAGGCGGAAUGAAAGUAGCGGGGAAGCAAAUAAUAAGGCACCUAGUGAGGCGACCUCUUCAAGAAAUGCACAUAGUACAGGAGACUAUUUGGAAAAUAACCAUUCAUCAGUAAAGAAUGACGUGGCAUCUGAAGCUUCUGAUGAUCUACCUGCUGAUACUUGUCCCGAGAAGGAUGAUGAAAAGAGUGUUGGAUCACCUGUUUCGUCUGAUACAAAGGAUGCUUUACAGUCUCAUCAAAUGGAUGAGAGUGAGGAUUCUGACAUAGAGGAGCAAGAUGUGAAAGUUUGUGAUAUAUGUGGAGAUGCUGGUCGGGAGGAUUUACUUGCCAUAUGUUGCAAGUGUACAGAUGGUGCAGAACAUACUUAUUGCAUGCGAAAAAUGUUACAAAAAGUUCCAGAGGGGGAUUGGAUGUGCGAGGAAUGCAAAUCUGACGAGGAAAUGAAAAAUCGGAAAGAAGUUAAAUCUGUGAAGCUUGAUGGAAAUGGAAAAAGUUGUCCUACUGGUAAAAUUGCUGUUGGAAAUACAGGCCUCACCAUAAAAACGGAAUCAAAACCUUCUGAUUUUGACGGUGACAUAGUUUCUGAUGCAAAAAUUUCUGGCAAGAGGCGUAUGGAUGAUACUGAAGUUUCUUCUGUGGCAAAGAAGCAGGCUCUUGAACCAAUUUCGGGGUCACCCAAAACGCUGAGUCCCAACAGACUUCCUGCACUUUCUCGUGAAAGUUCAUUUAAGAACCCAGAUAAGGGGAAGUUAAGAUCUGCAAAUCAAAUCUCCUCUGGAGGACUUUCUGUUCAUGAUACACCAGCUUGGGGGUCACGAACACAAACUUCUAGAGGUACCUUUUCAAAGUCUAAUUCUUUCAGUUCCCUGGCUGCAAAACGACAAGUGCAACUUGUCGAUGAGGGCUUCCUGCCGAAGCAGAAAUUGGUCAGAGAGUCUGUUGGUCUUGAUGCGAAAGAGAGUUCUAGUCGAUCAAUGGGCAAAUCUAUGUCAUUUAGAUCGAUAAACACAAGCCGCAACAAUGUUUCUGAGUCAAAGGUUAAAAUGUUAUCCCCUAAGUUUUCCUCUGCUCAGGACAAAGGACAAAUGUCGACAAAAGAACGAAAUCAAUUUGAAAGGAAGAAUUCUUUUAGAUCAGAGCGUUCUCCCAGCACUUCUGUUCCUUCUAGAACCGAUCAAAGAUCUGCAUUUCGAGGUGACCCUUCUCCACUUUCUUCCUCAAGUAAUAUCCGUGAUUCGAGGACAGGUCAGGUUGACAGCAAACCUGUGUCAUUAUUGAAAUCUUCUGGUGCUGUUGCUCGUAGGACUCAGGAUGUAUCUGUUUAUUCAGAUGAAGCUAAGAAGCAGAUAUCACACACAUCCAUCUCCCCAGGAGCUCUUGCUGUCAAUACAAUUAGUAGCUCUGAUCAGAGAACUGACCAGAGUAGCGCUAGGGAUGAUUCUUUGUCAAACUCUCAUAUCGCUGAGAGACCAACAUCUAGCGCUGGUGAAGGUCUGUCAGAUGAGCUGUCCCAACCGAGUGAGUCAAAAAAUGUUGGUGAGAGAACAAAGGAGAGUUCUGGGAGACGCUUAAAACAAGCUGGAACUGGUAGUAAGUCACUCUUCUGCCAGAAGUGUAAAGGAAGUGGUCACUUGGCAGAUAGUUGCACUGUUGAAGGGUCUGAAUUAUCCACUUCUGAUGUUUCUGCUGUAAGAAAUACUAGAGAGGCCCCAAAUGGCACCAGCAAUCUUAAAGCUGCAAUUGAGGCUGCUAUGCUAAGGAAGCCUGGAAUAUGCCGGAAGAAUAGAGUUUUGGAUCAAUCUGAUGAUUUAGCUGUGUCAAACACAAAUUCUGAAGCAACAGUGCAAGAUCCACUAUCUGGUUCAAGUAGCAGAAGAAAUUUAUCUGCCAAUGAGGACGGCUAUGGGGUGUCAUCGAACUCAAUGACUGGCUUUCAUAAACAGGAAAUCGGUAGCUUGGGGCAGCUGUCAGUGCCUCCUGCUGAAGCUCUUGCCGGAGCAGGGAACGCGUUCCCUAUUCUUCCGUCUGACGAAAAGUCUUCACUUGUUGAUUUACUUAGAUAUUCUCAAGCAGCAAUGUUAAUACUUUCGAGGACAGCAAUUCCAGAGCAUGAAUAUAUAUGGCAGGGUGCUUUUGAGGUUCAGAAGAGUGGGAGAACUCUUGACUGUGAUGGAAUUCAGGCUCAUUUAUCAAGUUGUGCAUCACCCAAUGUUGUUGACACAGUAAACAAAUUUCCUCAAAGGGUCCUCUUUAAUGAGGUAUCACGAUUGAGCACUUGGCCAAUUCAAUUUCAGGAGUAUGGUGUUAAAGAAGAUAAUAUUGCGCUGUUCUUUUUUGCUAAAGAUAUUGGGAGCUACGAGAGGUGCUAUAAAACUUUGGUGGAGAAUAUGAUUAGGAAUGACACGGCUCUCAAAGCUAAUCUUCAAGGUGUCGAACUUCUGAUAUUCCCAUCUAACCAACUUCCUGAAAAAUCUCAACGGUGGAAUAUGAUGUUCUUCCUAUGGGGUGUCUUUAGAGUAAAGAAGGCAAGCUGCAUGCAACAUAUGCAAGCAGCUGGAAAGCCAUCUCUUGCACCUCAAGAUAUUCCAAAGUCAGUCGUGUCUUUUCCAGAAAAUGUACGUUGCCUCAGGCCUGUAGACAAUGUUACAAGUGCUAACGUUUCCAUGGAUGGUGAGGUAAUUGCUUCAAAGGAGUCUGGUUGCCCAUUAGUUAAUGGAAAUGUUGAUUCGAAAGCGUCCCAAGUAUGCAAAGGUGACUCUGCAGACACAAAUGUGGAGCAUCUGGAGCGUAGCUCCAUGUCUACUGUACCAUCCAGCCACAUGAAUUCUGCCCUAGAGAGGAGACAAUUUGGCAUUUUCCAGGUCGGUGAUACUGUACGUGAAUGCAAAGCGGAAGUGCAAAGUAGUUUUACUCCAGCUGCCAAUACUUCGUCAUAUCUUAGUACAAGUGAACCAGUGCCAAUGGAAUGUGGUUCUUUACUUGAUAGACAGAAGCCAUUUGGUUCUGUUGAUGAAGCUGCAGGUCAUAUGCCGGAGAAAGCUUCUGUGGGCAGCACGGGGAAGGGCUUUAGUAGCACAAAUGGUAGGAAAUUUGAGAUAAAUCUGGAAGAUGAGUAUAAGGAUGAAGAGGCAUCUGAAACAAGUGGAAGUGCAACUACUGAACCAACAGGGAAGGCGCUCAAUAGUGAUGUGCUGAACCACCUGAAACGUCCACGUUCUGUUGAGACCGUGAUGCAUUCUGCUAACUCUGGAGUUAAUCAGGCAACUCGAAGUUUUAAUGAUCAUGACAUUCUAGUUGAAAGGGCACACUACGACAAAAAAUUGAAGACUAGUAUUGGUGGAUCUUAUGGUAACAGCGAGCAAACUAGUUGUUCCAGCGAUGAUCUGUUGUCACGGAUGCAUGGUUCCUCUUAUGGACCCUAUCUUCCGGAUACUGGGUAUGAUGAAGCUCUGAGUAAAGCAGCUAUCCCGGAGUGGUCGGGGAGUGCAGCAAGAUAUUUCUUCCCUGUUGAUCCAAAUCCUGUUAAGACUAGCUCAACCCCUUGGCAAAUGCGUCAUCCAGACAAUGAUCGGCUUAGUGAUAGAGUCCCAAAUCUUGAGCUAGCAUUAGGUGGUGAGUCAAGUUUGCUGACCCAGGGAAUCCCACCCUUUUUAGUUGGGAAAGUAGACAAGAAAAUCAGUCAGGACCAAGGUGGUGAGACACAUUUGCUGACUCAGGGAAUCCCGCCCUUUUUAGUUGGGAAAGUAGACAAGAAAAUCAUUCAGGACCAAGGUGGCGGCGAGAUACAUUCGCUGACUCCGGGAAUACCACCCUUUUUAGUUGGGAAGGUAGACAAAAAAGUCAAUCAGGGCCAAGGUGGCGAGACACAUUCGCUGACUCCGGGUAUACCACCCUUUUUAGUUGGGAAAGCAGACAAGAAAGUCAGUCAGGACCAUUCUUCAGCGAAGGAAGAAGCUGGAGUGGAGGAGGUGGAGGAUGUCUCUGCUUCUCUCUCGCUUUCUCUUUCCUUUCCUUUCCCAGAUAAGGAACAGCAGAAAGGGUCUGUUUCACAAACUGAGCAGGCAAUACCUGAAACAAGACGCAGUAAUACGUUUCCUCUCUUCUUUCGGGGACUGGGCAACAAGUAGGGCGAGAUUGCCAAUAACGGUGUACAUUAAUAGUUUAUUCACAUGGACGCGGUAGGUUUACAGCAUGUUCAUAAGGAUACAGGGUUAUAAUUUUGCUAGGUGUUUGCAGUCGGUUACUUUUUUUUAGCUUGCAAGUGCAGAGUGGCGGCCCUUUUGUAUAUAUAAAGAGAAUAUCAGCCGUUAUUGGGCUCUGGUACCAUAGAAAAAUUAACUUUUACCGCGUUA